CAUUUUUCAUUUUUAAUAUUAGGAUAGAACAUUAUUUCUUCAGAGAUGACAAAAUCAGUAACAAAACUGUUUCCAAUUUGUCAAACAUAAAAUUAGAAGCGGCUACGAAAUAAAUAUGUGCAAAUCAAGAAUACUAAUUGAACAAAAAUGGUUAGAAGCUGAAUUUGACCUUAAAAUAGCUAUUUUACAUUUUACAUUAACCUCCACAGUAGCUCUUAGAUUCUGCCAUCACUGACUGCCUUCUAGUCCGGUUUGAGUAUUCGAUACCACUUACUCACUUCUCCUCACAGCUGAUUGUCAUUUGAAAACAAACAUUCCGGCCGCGAUGUGGAUUGCCUACGCACUGGUGGUCCACGUACUGCUCCUGGGCUCCAUAUUCGUAAUCUACUUCCGUUCGCCUGUGAUUACGGGUCUGACUCCGCAGAAACGUCCAAUAGUUUACGGACUGGAGGCGCCGGCUUUGCGUUUGGUGCUGAUUGUGACCGAUGGAUUCCGAGCCGACUCCUUCUUCGAGGAGAACUGCCGGUAUGUGCCGCACCUGAGCAAGAUUUUCACGCGCGAGGGCGUGGUGGGCGUGUCGCGCACUCGCGUGCCCACGGAAACGCGACCCGGCCACAUAACCCUGAUCGCCGGAUUGUACGAGGAUCCUUCAGCUGUGCUGCGUGGCUGGAAGAAGAACCCAAUCGACUUCGACACGGUGUUCAACCGGAGCUCCCAGACCUACGCUUGGGGCGCCGACGACGUCCUCGACGUGUUCUCACAUCUGCCCAAGGGAUGGACGCACUUCCGCUCCUACACCGAGUUGGACUUUUCGCCGGGCUACGAUACCUAUGAGCAGGACGAGUGGGUUUUUAAGCGGGUUAAAUUGCUGAUCCAGCGGAAGAGGGAGGCUCUGGAAAGGGCCAGUCACGUGGUCUUCUUCCUGCAUCUUUUAGGUCUGGAUACCGCCGGACAUGUCCACAAGCCGGGCUCGCCCAAGUUUCUCCAGAAUGUGGCCAAGACGGAGAGGGGCGUUUACGAGAUCUAUGAGGAAUUUGAGCGGGUGUUUCCCGACAAGCGCACUGCGUACCUGCUGACCGCUGAUCAUGGAAUGACCGACUCGGGUGCCCAUGGUGCGGGCUCUGCCCAUGAGACGGACACUCCUUUUGUGCUCUGGGGCGCAGGAGUUUACCGAUCGGUUUCCAAUCCUGGAGGUCGCACAUUUAUGCCCAACAAUGAAGGUCCUGCAAUGCCGCUACACGAACUGGAGCAAGCACAGCUGACACCCUUGAUGUCGGCACUGGUGGGUCUGCCGCCGCCCAUGAACAAUUUCGGAACAUUACCCGUGGGCUACAUGAAUGUCAGCAAGGAGUACGAGGCCAUGGCCUGCCAUUUAAACGCUUUGCAGCUUCUGGAGCAGUACGAGGCACUGCUGAAGCAGCAUAAAAAAGGAUUUUUUGCGGAGGUUUUAUCCGAAUUUGAUGCGCUUUCAGCGGAUGUCAUUAAGGGAUACAAAGAUGACUUCUUGAAGCUUAAGAAGAAUAGGGAGUAUUCACUUUCCAUGGCCAAAAGUCAAGCCGUCAUGGUGCAAGCCCUUGAAGGCAUCGAUUACUACCAUGGAUACUACCGUAGAGCGCUUCUAUUGAGUACCACUUCCACUUUCCUGGCAUGGAUGUUCUAUCUCUACCGCCUGUUGUCCCGGAACAGGGCUGGAAAAGUGGAGUUGGUCCUUGAGAGGAGCACCAAGCUGGUGAGGCUGAGCCUGGGAAGUUCUGUGAUCCUGCUGGUCAUCUGCUUGCUGAGCCAACGAACACCGCUAGACAUAUCCUUUUAUCUGCUCCUGCCGCUAUUCGUCUGGCUGAAGGCUCUGCAACCUUGGAGUCAAAACUUUGCCUCCUCACCAGCAGCGGCUUACAGUGUUCCAGCCUUGCAGACCACAAUGUGGCAGCUUAUAUUGAUUAUAGCUUGCGCGGAGCUGAUGGUAUUCACCUUCUUUGAGCGACGCCUGAUCUCGCUCUGCUUUUUGGCCUUCGCCUGCUACAAUGGUUGGAGUAACUUUAAACCAAAGAGCAGAGAGUUUUACAUAUGGCUGACCUUAGUCCUGAUCCUGGCCUGCUUUCCCCUGCUGCCUCUGUCGGUCGGCUAUCGCAAUGGGUACCUGCUUGGAGCUGGAGUUAUUGUGAUCCUUGUGAACUCACUUUGGAAUUCGAAGACGAGAUUGAGUUACAAAACGCACACCAAAUACUGCAAUGCCCUGAUCCUGCUGCAAACCGUUGUGUGUGCCUAUCUGCACUCAAAUGGUUGGAAUAUUCCUCCACCUUUGAAGGUGGCCAGCUGGUCGUUUCUGGUAUACACCUUCGCAUCCAUUCUGCUGAGCAAAGAUCAAAGACUGGAUAUGCGUCUGGCUCAGAUUGGCUUUAAUUUGGGAUCCCUGUACGCCACACUAUGCACCUCCUAUGAGGCUGUGUUUGUCCAGCUGCUGGCCUUGGAACUGAGUCUCACCCUGAGGGCGCAGAACGCGAAGGCGGAGAAGUCAGCGCUCCGACUGGCCUUCACCCUGCUUCUGUACACGUUCUUUUCGCUCUUUGGCUCCGGAAACAUAGCCUCCAUCAGCUCCUUUGAUCCCAAUAUCGCGCGCUGCUACGUGAGUCACUUUGCCCCCUUUGUGAUCAUGGGUCUGGUGCUGCUGAAGCUCCUCGUGCCCGUGGUGUUGAUCAUGUCGGUGGUCUAUGCCCAGAGUGAGUUUGUGCGCCAGCACGAAGAGCAGAUCUUCAUCUGCCUGCUACUCAUCUGCGAUGUGAUGGGUCUGAACUUUCUGUUCCUGGUGCGCAACCAGGGCUCCUGGCUGGACAUCGGCACGUCCAUUUCGCACUUCGUCAUCAUGGAGGUGACUACGCUCGUUAUCCUUCUGCUGUUCUACGCCGCCAAGCAGCUCCUGAGAGUUAUCCCAUGGGAGGAAAUGGACAUCAAGAGGUUGCCGCUCCGCCUCAUCCACUGGGAUGUGAUCAGUGCCAAACAUCACUAGGCUGAACUACCCGUGUAACCACUUUUACCAUACUGUUAACUUAGCUUAAACAUUUAUGUCCGAUAAUAU